AUAAGCGUGACAGUGUGAUGGCAUCAUUUUCAUUUCUGAUUUCUUAAAUUCCACAUUCAAAGGAAGGCAGCUUCAGUGAGACGUCGUCGUUUAUUGAAUUAGGUACUAAUUACAUUUGCAGUCUAUACAUUCAUAAAACUCUAAAUUAAAGGGCGGCUAAUUCUUUCCUAUAAAUAUCAUCCUCAUUUCAAUUCCUUUCUCGUCAACGCAUUUCAAAUUCAAUUCCAUCAGUCCUCAUACACAACAAACAAGAAAUCACUUCAAUGGCUACCAAAGUUUAUAUUGUAUAUUACUCCAUGUAUGGACACGUGCAGAAGCUUGCAGAAGAGAUCCAGAAAGGAGCUGCAUCUGUAGAAGGUGUAGAUGCUCUUCUCUGGCAGGUCCCUGAGACACUUUCAGAAGAGGUUCUUGGUAAGAUGAGUGCAUCGCCAAAGAGCGAUACUCCAAUCAUUACCCCAAAUGAGCUAGCUGAUGCUGAUGGCUUCAUAUUUGGCUUCCCCACAAGAUUCGGAAUGAUGGCUGCCCAGUUUAAGGCUUUCCUCGAUUCCACUGGCGGUCUUUGGAGGACUCAGCAGCUUGCUGGAAAGCCUGCUGGGAUAUUCUUUAGCACUGGAUCUCAAGGUGGUGGACAAGAAACUACUGCUUUGACUGCUGUCACUCAGUUGACUCACCAUGGCAUGAUCUUCGUCCCGAUUGGCUACACAUUUGGUGCCGGUAUGUUUGAGAUGGAGAAUGUGAAGGGAGGAAGCCCGUAUGGUGCUGGAACGUACGCCGGAGAUGGUUCAAGGCAGCCUACAGAGCUUGAAUUGCAGCAGGCAUUCCACCAGGGCAAAUACAUUGCUACCAUCACUAAGAAGCUCAAGGGCAGUGCUUAAGUCCAUAUGAUGCGUAGAAUUACAUAUAUACAAUGGUUCAUACACGUUGGGAACAUACAUUAUUUGUUUUAGAUCACUUCUUUAUUCCCGUGCCUUUUAAGUUGGUUUUGUUUCGUUUUUAAUUUAUUUAUGAAUAAAUAAAUGCUUGUAUUAUGUUUUGUACUGUUGAAAGAUAAAGUUUAUUGGGCUACAUGUUAAGCAAUAGAUUGUUGUACCUAAUUAACCAGUAUUGAACGGAGAGGUGUUUUAAGGGGAUA